AUGAUUGUAUAGUGUAAAUGUCUGUGUACAUGUUUGUAUGCUAUCAUAGUGCUUGAAAAAAUUUAUAAUAAUUAUAUAAUAAAUUUAGAAUAUUUAACGAUAAUGACAGCAGUUAAGCAAAAUACAAAACGAUCAAAAUGGGCUUUGGAUUUUGCUCACAAGAAUAAACAAGAAAAAAAUGCAGAUAUUGCUUCACCACCAGGCUAUACACCUGCUGUUGCUUUAUUUCAUGCUGCUGAUUCAAUUAGAGAAUCGGAUUCUAAUCAUUUAAUAAUUAAAAAAUCAUGGGAUUUAGCUUUAGGUCCUCUUAAACAAGUUCCAAUGAAUUUAUUUAUAAUGUAUAUGGCGGGUAAUUCCAUAUCAAUAUUUCCUAUUAUGAUGGUUGGUAUGUUAAUUAUUAGACCAGUGAAAGCAUUAUUUACUCUUCAGCAAACAUUUAAAGUUAUAGAAGGAACACAUGCUUUUGGACAGAAGUUUGUAUAUUUUUUAGGACAAUUGGUAAAUAUUGCACUUGCAUUAUAUAAAUGUCAAUCAAUGGGAUUACUCCCGACACAUGCAUCUGAUUGGUUGGCAUUUGUAGAACCUCAAGCACGAUUGGAAUAUUCAGGUGGUGGAUUUAUAUAUGUAUGACACAAAAUAAUUAUUUAAAAAUAUAAUAUGUACAUUUAAA